CUCUGCAGCUGUCAUGGCGGCCUGGCGGUUAAGUUUGUGCGCUCGCAGCCUUUCCGCAAUUCGAGGCCUCCAGACUGCUCCACUUCGCUGGAAAUCUAGCUCCUCCAGGGCUGUGAUCGCCCGGUCCGCUGCGGCCAAAAAGAAUCAGGAAGAACCGACCGUGCAGUGGAUGGAGGACCCAGAUACCGAAGACGAAAGUGUGUACUUGAAGAACCCAGACUUCCAUGGUUACGAUGAUGACCCCAAGGUGGAUGAAUGGAAUAUGCACAGCGUCUUCUUCUUCGGGUUUUCCAUCGCCCUGGUCCUUGGCACAACUUUUGUGGCAUAUAUACCCGACUACAGGAUGAUCGAGUGGGCCCGCCGGGAAGCUGAGAUGCUGGUGAAACACCGAGAAGCCAAUGGCCUCCCCAUCAUGGAAUCCAACUGUUUUGACCCCACCAAGAUCAACCUGCUGGAGGACGACUGAGUGGGGCUUAAGCAGCACUACCCUGCCCACCCCCUGCCCGGUUUCCUGCUCACUCCCCAGAGAAUCUACCAAAGGGAUUGAAAGAAAAAAGGAAAAAAGGAGUGUUACUCCAGCUAGGCCUGUCAAGCUGGGCCAAGAGACCACACCUCGGGAAGACUGAGUCACCUAAAACUAUGCUAAAGAGAUGGGAGGAACAAUUGUUUCCUUAAUGAGAUAAUGCAUUUUCCUUUGUGGAAACUCUGUCCUGGAUCUAGUUACCUGUGGGCCUCCACCUUGUGGUCUGCUUUCUUCCUGGAGUCCUAAAUUUCAAAACAUAGCUGUUUCUUUUCCCCUUCUUUUGAAUAGUUGUUAAUGUUCUGGGCUCACCUGCUUUCUUUGUUCCCCUCUUCUGCUUCUGCCAUGGGGCUGCUUGGUCAACCUCCACUACUAAGCUUCAUGCCUGACCCAAAAAAGCAUGGCAUUCUCUUCUCCGUCUUUUUCUUGGGGAAUCUGCCAGGAUUUUCAGGUUGCUUGCCCUGCUAUGUUUCUUUUAAACUCUAAUAAAAAUGGUUCUUA